UUCAUCCAAAAUUCAUAAUAAACUCAUCUUCAACCAAUUAUCCCUUCCGAGAAUUCAUCUUCUCACCCAACAAAAAACCAUAACAAAAAAAAAUCAAAUUUCUCCAUAUUUCACCCCCUCUUCUAUUAGAAUAAAACUAAAUGAAUAAUCAUAUUUUCCAAAAUCAACAAAAGAAGUUCAAGAGAUAAAGAGAGCAGAAAGUUCAAAAAAAUCAGAUCCGAGAUUUAUUUGUUUACUUUAAACUUGUUAUUGUGAUAAUUAGAGAGGAGAAAUGAUUGACUCAAACAUGGAAGAAAACUCAUUAUUUACAAGCUUUGUCUAACUUCUCUAGCUCAAUUGCAUCUUCACAAAACAAUUUACCAAGGUCGAUAGUUGGUAAAGUGGUUGUUGUUGAUACAAGAACAAGGUCUUGAUUUAGUGGAAGAUAUGUGGAACUUUUCUUUGCCAACUUUUACCAAUUAUCGACCUAUUUGUUCACAACCUUCAUGGGGACUGUUAGGACAACGAGUGACACUUUCAGGGACGAAAGUGACUGUUUACUCGAUUAAAGAUUAUCAAGGGCAAACUCACUAUGAAGAAGAUAAAAUUGAGCAGGUUUUCAUUGACCACUUCCAACACCUCUUUUCCCACCAGGACACUAAAGACAUCCAGGAGGCAGUGAAAGUAGUAGAAGGUAAGAUUACACAGGAUAUGCAUCAGCUCUUGAAUGAAAGUUAUACAAAGGAAAAGGUGUAUCUAGCAAUGAAAGACUUAAAACCUCUGGCUGCCCUUGGACCUGAUGGGCUUCCUGCCCAGUUCUACCACAAUUAUUGGGAUAUUAUUGGCAUUGAUAUCCUCCAUAUAGGGCUAAACAUUCUCAACAAUCAAGGAGACCCUAGCUGUAAGACCCGUAAUUUCACAGUUUAUUUUGUGUAAGGAAAAUAAAUAUUGGAUAAAAGUUUUAGGGUUUUUGUUUAAGUCGUUUUGUAAGUAUCGUUGUAAUAGCGGCAUUUUUGCUGAGUUUAAGUCUGUUUUGUACUCGUGCGCUGAAAAGGCACAGACUUUUGGGCUGUAAUCCUCUUUUAUGUAUGAGAAGGUU